UGGCAUCUUCAUCCUCCUGUCGUCGUGUCGUGUCAACGCUAUCAUCCAUACUAAAACCCUCUUUCUUCCACGAUCCUACAAAACAAAUUAACUUAUAUUUGAUCAGAUUUCAGUCGGAACAACAACAAUCCACUCGUUCUUUUGAUGGCCAACCCACCGGUAGCAACUGGCGGUGCGGCGAACAAAAUAGUCGUUAUUGGCGGCGGAGUUGCCGGCUCCUACAUUGCUAAAUUGCUCCAGUUUCAUGGCAAUGUAACACUAAUUGAUCCGAAGGAGUAUUUCGAGAUUCCAUGGGCAAGCUUGAGAGGAAUGGUGGAACCAACUUUUGCGGAGAGAUCGUUAAUCCAGCAUAAACAUUACCUAACAUCAUCCCGUCUCAUCGUCUCCAAUGCUAUCGACAUAUCUGAUUCUGAAAUCCUCUUAUCAGAAGGUCGAUCGAUCCCGUAUAAUUAUCUCGUUAUUGCUACAGGUCACGACGAUCAAGUACCAAAAACUAGAUCGGAGAGACUGAAACAAUACCAAUCAGAAAAUGAAAAAAUAAAAGCUGCGGAAUCGAUUUUGAUUGUUGGAGGCGGGCCCACCGGAGUAGAACUUGCCGGAGAAAUUGCAGUUGAUUUCCCGGAGAAGAAGAUAACAUUGGUCCAUAGCGGCUACAGGUUGCUGGAAUUCCUUGGACCAAAAGCUUCUAAGAAGACAUUAGAUUGGCUAAAAUCAAGGCAUGUUGAAGUGAAAUUGGAUCAAACUGUGAAUCUGGAGGAUGUUGCAGAUUUUAGCAAUGGAACCAAACUGUAUACAACUUCAGCUGGUGAAACAAUCAAAGCGGAUUGCCAUUUCUUGUGUACAGGGAAGCCAUUGGCGUCUUCUUGGUUGAAAGGUACCAUUUUGAAAGAUCGAUUGGAUGAAUUAGGGAGGUUGAUUGUUGAUGAAAAUUUGAGAGUUAGGGGUCGAAAGAAUAUCUUUGCCAUUGGAGAUAUUACCAACAUCAAGGAAAUGAAGCAAGGUUAUUUGGCGAAAAAGCAAGCAUCAGUUGCUGCUAAAAACCUGCAACUAUUGAUACGUGGAGGAGAUGAAAGCAAGAUGACAACUUACAAAAUGAGUUCAAGUCAUAACGCGAUUGUUUCACUAGGUAGACAUGAUGCAGUGGCUCAAUUACAUCUUACUACAAUGAUUGGAUUAAUCCCUGGAUUAAUCAAAUCCAAAGACUUAUUUGUUGGUAAAACAAGAAAGGAAUUAGAUCUCGAUUCUCGUGAUUGACGGUUGUGUCAUAUAAACAUUUUUUGUUAUAUAAACAUUUUUUUUGUCUUAAAAAAAUUUGGACUUAUAGAUUCAUGUGUAAACAAAUCAAACACUUCUCCGUCAUCCAUCAAUAUUGUUCUUUCAAAUCUAUAUAUAUCUUUAAUGUUUCAAAUA